AUGGAAGAUGAUAUGGAAACCUAUCAUGAAGGAGAGGUGAACAAUCAUUCCAGAGGAGGUGUAGCCAACUCUGUUAGACAAGAGAGGAGAGUUCUAGUACAAAUUGGAUACUUGUCCAAGCAAGCCCCUGGCCAUAGUUCCUGUAAUGCUACCAAGACAAAUUCAAAAGAGGAAUGUAAAGCUAUUACUCUCGGAAGUGGAAAAAAAUUGAAGGAAACCUCAAAGGAAACUCAAGAGGAGGAAGCAGAGGAAAGUUCAAGUAACAGGGAAAAAGCACAAACACAUGUUCCCAAUCCAUCUGAAGAAAAAGAAAUCCUAAAGCCAUAUGUUCCUAAAGCUCCUUACCCUCAGCACCUCAUGAAGAAGGCAAAGGACAGUCAAUUCUCCAGAUUCUUGGAGAUUUUCAAGAAACUUCAUAUCAACAUUUCAUUUGCUGAAGCACUAGAGCAGAUGCCACUCUAUGCUAAGUUUCUGAAGGAAUUAAUGACCAAGAAGAGAAGCUGGAGGAAUGAUGAAACUGUGGUAUUAACUGAGGAAUGUAGUGCUAUUAUCCAACACAAGCUACCUCAAAAAUUGAAGGAUCCAAGGAGCUUCCAAAUUCCCUGCAUCAUAGGAGAAAUCACAGUGGAGAAAGCUUUAUGUGAUUUGAGAGCUAGCAUAAAUUUGAUGUCCUUAACAAUGAUGAAAAAAAUGAAGAUUAAGGAAGCAAAACCAACAAGAAUGGCCCUUUAA